GACACAAAUUUGCGCGUUCACGUUAAAAAGACUCCAUUUGCUGCAGACCUUCAGUUCCAGAACAAGUCAUUAAAUAGCUCGGAGAGCAUCGGGACCCUUGAUGUCGACACCUCUUGUGACAUUCAGUUCCUUCGUCACUUAGAUGGCAAAGUCAAGCUGGCGUCCAAAAAGCUCGGUAUGAUCUACACAGCUAAGCGGUAUUUCACUUCGGAGCAGAGAGUUCUACUUUAUAAGUCUCUAGUCCGUCCCCACAUGGAAUAUUAUUGCCAUCUUUGGGCGGGAGUUCCCGAAUGCCAGCUUGAAAGAUGUGCUACGAGAAUUGUUGACGAUCCUGUGCUUGCUUACAGACGAUAG